AUGAAACUCUCCAGUAUAGGCAUAAAUGGGUGUUACCAAAAUGAAUUUCUCGACAACAUUUGGUCAUAAUGCAGCAGCUAUCUCGUAUCAUGGAAUUGUGGAUUCCGAUGAUUCGGAUGACUUUUAUGCAAAACUGUGCUCGCUGGAGGAUGUUUGGAAUGCUCGCGAAUGGGAAAUCACAUACCAAACUCCCACAUUCUACGACUCCUUUGUCAAAAAUGUCGCUGACACAAUCAACGCAUCGAUGCUGAAACCCACGCGACAAAAGGGAGGACUUGGGGAUUCCCUAUACACAAUAAACGACAAUGAAGCAGAAAACCACCUGUUAAAGCUCAAGACGGACCGCAAACGUGUGAACCUCGUAACGCUUAUUAAAAAGAGCCAUGAACUUGUGAAGGAGCAAUCAUUGACCAGGGGGAAUGCAGACUGUCAGAUGAAUGUAAGCUCCUGAAGAUAUCCCCAGAAAAGAGGAGAAAGAUGAAUCCUACGGAGAGAAGAGCAUACACCAAAAAAGCCAAAGAAAGUGGUCCCAUGUCACAAACACUUUCCACACUCUCCAUAUCACAUACACAGUCUGGGAUCUCUGGUAUCCCAGAAAGCAUUUUAUCUCAUCAGUUCUCUAAGGCCCAGAGGCUCUUGCGAAUGAACAAAGUUAGACGUGGCUUUGGGGUAAACGAUACUCUAUUGGUAGCAUCUGAUACAUCAGCGAAACCACAUGUUAUAAGGCAAUGCAAAAAUGGUACAUUCUGUUACGAUGAUGACUGUCCCGCAUACAACCAUUCCAGUCUUUGUGCUCACACACUGGCGGGAGUAGAAUUCAAGGGCAAACUCGUAGAUUUCGUAACAUGGCACAAGAAAACUGGUGUGCAGACAAGUGUGACAAAAAUGUGUACUUAUGGGCUGGAUGUUGGCAGUGAUGGUAAAAAGCCACAUCAACGAAAAAGAGCGAAGAAGACCAAGGGGACAGAGAACUUCAAUGUUGAACAUGUAGACAGACUGCAAACUCCAUCCCACAAUCGCCAGCCCGUGAAAAUGAAGAUUGUUCAAAGAAAUGGAGAACACGAAGUCUUGCAAGAAAGUCUAGCACAGACAGACGAAGGGCAUCGUGAGGGCAUCAAUUCGUAUUCUCUUGUGUUCCUGUCUGAUCAUCCCCGAGUGACAACUUGUACAGGAUGUGGAAUCAAAUUCGCUCGAAAGGCCGAUGGUGGACUCUUUCCUCCUCUGCAUGACGUCGCCAUUACACACAAAGAGCACCAACCCUGGAAAGAUAGAAAUAGCGGGAUCUUGAGAGUUGGAAAGGAACAGGCUGUCUAUUUUCAUGUAAAUAUCUCUUGCGUUCAGAAAGGAAACAGCAUCAGUAGAGCUACCUUUGACGGAGCACAAUUAGACAUUCAUCCCAUUGUCAAGCAACGUCUGAACAAGGAGCAUAAAGAUUUCCUCUUCCAGCAGCUGAACAUUUCACUAUAA